AUGGAGCUUCACCUUCCACAUCUAAUGAACCAUUGUCAUCAAGGAGCUUGCGCAGCACUUCAACGAAACAGGAAUCAUCCUCAACUACAGAGCAAUCCGUGCCAACAAAGAAAUCCCCAAGAAAACGGACAUCUCAACUUGCCAACGGUGACAGUGCAGAAACGAAUCAUGAUUCCCCCAGACAAAAUGGAAAGGGUCCGACUGUUCCACCGAAGAAGGAGCACUCAACUCUUAGCGACUUUCCCAACGGCAUUGACUUCUCUCCAAUAA